CAACACUGAGAGAUAGGUAUGUUUUUAUCUAUUUGUAUCCAUCUUUCGAAAAGAUUCCAAAGCUUAUUGCCCAACAGGGAAACAACUAAACAGGAAGGUUUUACGGACACAUUUGGUAGGCAACAUACUUAUCUAAGAGUGUCGGUCACAGAGAAGUGCAACUUUCGUUGUUUGUAUUGUAUGCCAGAAGAAGGAGUUCAACUCAGUCCUUCAGAAAAUAUUUUGUCUAAAAAUGAGAUUAUCAGAUUAUUGCAACUUUUUUCUCAUUAUGGAGUUGAUAAGGUUCGCUUUACAGGAGGUGAGCCUUUAGUAAGAAAGGAUUUUCUAGAUAUUGUGCAAUCUACAAAGCAACAAACAAAUAUAAGUAGACUUGCGAUUACCACCAACGGUAUGAUUCUGAAUAAAUAUUUGGAAUCAUUGAAGGAAAGCGGAGUUUCUGGACUCAACAUAAGUCUGGACACUUUAAUUCCAGUCAAAUUUGAGUUCAUUACGCGUCGUAGAGGUCACAAGACCGUCUUGGACUCUAUUUUCAAAGCUGUCGAACUCGGAUUUCCUUCGGUGAAAAUCAACUGUGUAGUCAUUCGUGGUUUCAAUGAUGAUGAAAUAUUAUCCUUUUGUUAUUUAACAAAGGAUUGGAACAUUACUGUACGUUUUAUAGAAUAUAUGCCUUUUGAAGGUAAUCGUUGGAAUACUGGCAAAUUUGUUUCCUUUGAAGAAAUGAAACAAAAGAUUGCUCUUGAGUUUGGAACAUUGAAACCUGAACAAAACGGCAUUCAUGAUACCACGAAACAUUUUAGAAUACCUGGCUUUGUUGGGCGUAUAGGCUUUAUAACUUCCAUGAGUGAACAUUUCUGCGCUGGUUGUAAUCGUUUAAGAAUAACUGCAGAUGGCAAUUUGAGGGUUUGUUUAUUCGGUGACAAGGAAGUUUCGCUUCGUGAUUAUAUGCGACAAGGUGCUUCAGAUGAUGAAUUGGCUGAAAUUGUGGCUUUCGCUGUGAAAAGAAAGGACUUUGCUUUGGGUGGUUAUGAGGACAUGACGGGAAUUGCUAGUAAUCCUAACAGACCCAUGAUUCAUAUUGGCGGUUGAACGAGCACAAAUGAUUAUCCGGA